AUGAUCUGGGGCAGCCAACCUGGUCUAACUAAGCAUGAAUUGAGUACUAUCCGUGACAAAAUGGUAUCCAUCAUUCGUCUACAGGCGUUUCUCAGUGGAGUCCACCUCUAUGUUUGUCUGCAUGGUCCAAUUACGUGCUCCAUUGUUCGGGGGCUCGCUCUCUCGCGCCUGCUUUUUGCUCUUGCCGAAUCAUAAGCCGUUGGGGAUCCUAAGUCACGACUUGGAUUAGUACAAGACACUUACACUUCUCUCGGAUGCCAGCUCGGUUCGUGAAACUGGGCUUUUGCUAAAUCUUGAUAAAUAGGGCUCGUCCGUCUCAUCUGGUGUCACGAGUUGUUAAUUUGACGAACCAUCCAAUUGGGUUUUUUUUUGCUACUACAAGCAAGAGAAGUGCCUGUGACCCUCAUCUCUUAUUGGUACUCCUGACGUCAAUACUUGAGUUAUUAUCUACCUUUCACUACCGUGGAAAACAUGGAGACACAACCGGCGAAGAAGUCGGCGCCGCCACAUUACGAUAUAGUAAUCGUCGGAGCUGGUCCAGUAGGGCUCAUGCUGUCCACAUGUCUAGCGAGAUGGGGUUACAAGAUUAAACACAUUGACAACAGAUCAGAGCCAACGCCAACUGGACGAGCAGAUGGCAUUCAACCAAGGUCACUUGACUUACUGCGUAAUAUGGGCUUGAAAUCUGCUAUUAUGGCUCACAAGCCUGCCAGAGUCUAUGAGGUCGCGUUCUGGGAUCCUCCAAAGAAUGAUAGCGGCAUUGUUAGAACGGGUACUUGGGCCAGUUGCCCCAGUUUUAUCGAUGCAAGAUACCCUUUUACCACACUCCUUCACCAAGGUCUUAUCGAGCGGGUGUUUAUCGCAGAUCUUGAGAAGAAUAACACCAAGGUCCAAAGGCCAUGGACUAUCACUGGCUUCAAGUCCGACGAGAAGGAGAACCCGCAGUAUCCUGUCGAGGUCAACCUGAAGCAUAUUGAUGGCACUGCAGAAGAGACGAUCCGCGCAAAGUACCUGUUUGGCGGUGAGGGUGCUCGAUCUUUCGUGAGAGACCAAUUGAAGAUUGGUAUCACUCAUAAAGAUCCUAUUGCUCAUGUUUGGGGCGUCAUGGAUGGUGUUGUCAAGACUGAUUUCCCAGAUAUCAAGAUGAAAUGUACGAUUCACUCUGAUCACGGCUCUAUCAUGGUCAUUCCGCGCGAGGACAACAUGGUCCGCUUAUAUAUUCAAAUUGCUUCUUCGACGGAUCCCGACUUUAACCCGCGCAAGACGGCGUCUAUAGAGGAAGUCCAAACUUCUGCGAAGAAGAUUCUGGCGCCCUACACCAUCGAAUGGGAAAGAGUCGAGUGGUACUCUGUUUAUCCCAUUGGCCAGGGUAUCUCAGACAAGUACACUCUGGAUCACCGAGUAUUCCUGGGAGGCGAUGCAUGCCACACGCACAGCCCCAAAGCCGGUCAGGGUAUGAACACGGCCUUCCUCGAUGCUCUGAACUUGGCCUGGAAGAUUCAUGCUGUGGAAGCCGGAUUUGCAGACAGAGAACUGCUGAAGACCUACGAGCCGGAGAGAAAAGCGGUCGCUGAGAGCUUACUGGCUUUCGACAACAAAUAUGCGAAGCUCUUCUCUACAAAGCCCUCCGCGGAUACCGUCCAGGCAGCUUCAGCAGACGAGAAGGCUGAGGAUAACGACUUUAUCAAAACCUUCAAGGAGUCUUGCGAGUUUACCAGUGGUUACGGUGUAGCAUAUGGUCCCAACUCAAUCAACUGGUCGCCCGAGCAUCCCGCGAAAUCCCCAUUGCUCCACCCAAAUGGCAACAAGCUACGUACUGGCCGUAUCAUGAUGAAUGCUGAUGUGACGCGGGUUGUGGAUGCCAACGUGGUUCAUCUCGAGCAACAAAUCCCACUCAAUGGCUCUUUCCGCAUUUUUGUCUUCGCCGGCAACCCGUCCGUAACAAAACAGGCAUUGAGAGAUUUCGCGAAGAGCCUGGCCGACAAACGUUCUUUCUUCGGGGCCUACCAGCGCACAGACAUUGACUCCGUUUCCCACCACGAUAGUCUUAACCCACACAGUCUAUUCUUCUCCUUCUGCACCAUCUUCGCUGCUCAGCGCAGCAAGAUCGAGAUUGCCAAGGACCUCCCUGAGUUAUUGGCGAGGUACCGAGACAAUGUCUUUGCUGACGAGCGGUGGGACCGCCGCGUACCUGACGCCAAGGCUUCUGCUCACGCAAAGAUGGGUCUGGAUGAGGAGAGAGGGGGUGUCGUUGUAGUUCGCCCUGAUGGCUAUGUCGGUGCCGUCACCAGCUUGGUCGAGGGAAGCGGCACGGUGGAUGCGCUCAAUGAGUACUUUUCUGCAUUUGUUACCAAGAAGUUGGGCGAGACGCGAUCUCAGCUGUAAGUCUUUGGGAAUGUCCAAUAUACGAGUAUACGCGAAGGAGAACAGUUCUCGUUUGAAUUUAUUGCAUAGCCAGAGCGGGUAUUGUAUACACUCAUAUAACUUCUGCUAGCGCAAAUGAUUUGCAUACUUCUUAUUCAGAUUUAAUAU